GGAGGCUUGAGCUUUUGAAAGGUUAUGCCUGAGCUUUUUGUAUUAUUUUAGACAUAAAAGUAAAAUGAUUUUAUAAUAGCUAAUAAUAAUAAAAUAGUUUUACUUAUAUACUAAAUUCUUCCAAAUUAAUAAGUUUAAGUUCAACUGUUCAACCUUCAAAAAUACUUCUACCUUUUUCUUGCGGCCAAUCAUAGAGCGCCACAUCAGCCAUGAGUUGCAUCGGCCGGGAAAGUAAAUGGAAGCGUAAAACCACUUGAGCAGAGGCCAGAGGCGGUACACAGCACACUGACACAGGGAGCAGGCACCGGCAUGAUCGAUCGACGGUGAAGAUUCCGAUUUCGACUCCGAUAAUUUAGUAUUAUAAGAAAUUAGAUCUGGAUGGGUUGGGGAAGGGCGAUUUACGAAGGAGUCGUGGUGGUUGGUUCUCUUUCGCUGCUUGCCUGGGCGGGUCUCUGGUUUUUGAACCGGAGACUAUACAAGGAGUACGAAGAAAAACGGGCGCUGGUUCAGAUCAUCUUCAGUGUUGUUUUCGCCUUCUCCUGCAACCUCUUCGAGCUUGUCCUUUUUGAGAUCAUCCCUAUCCUCUCCAAAGAGGCGAGAUGGAUAAACUGGAAGGUGGAUUUAUUUUGCUUGAUUACAUUACUGGUUUUCAUGUUGCCUUAUUAUCACUGUUACUUGAUGCUUUGCAAAAGUGGUGUGAGGAAGAGGCGAGCUGCAACUGGAGCUGUUUUAUUCUUGUUUGCAUUUCUGUAUGCUUUUUGGCGAUUGGGAAUCCAUUUUCCCAUGCCUUCACCUGAUAAAGGAUUUUUCACCAUUCCACAGCUUGUUAGUAGAAUUGGAGUAAUUGGUGUGACUGUCAUGGCUGUCUUAUCUGGUUUUGGAGCUGUGAAUUUGCCAUACAGUUAUUUAUCUCUCUUCAUUAGAGAAAUUGAAGAAAUAGAAAUCAAGGCUUUGGAAAGACAAUUGAUGCAGUCAAUUGAGACAAGUAUUGGAAAGAAAAAGAAAAUCAUUCUCAGCCAAAUGGAAAUGGAGCGAGUUCAAGGACAAGAAGAGAGUUAUAAGGCAGGGUCCUUUUUCAAACGGAUUGUUGGAACAGUUGUGCGUUCUGUGCAAGAUGACCAAAAGGAACAAGAUAUUAGAGGCAUGGAAUCAGAGGUACAAGCCUUAGAAGAGCUCUCAAAACAGCUUUUCUUGGAAAUCUAUGAGCUACGCCAAGCUAAGGAAGCUGCUGCAUAUUCUCGCACAUGGAAGGGUCAUUUGCAAAACCUACUUGGCUAUGCAUGCUCAGUAUACUGUGUGUAUAAAAUGAUAAAGUCUUUGCAAAGUGUUGUAUUCAAGGAGGCUGGAUCAGUUGAUCCUGUGACUAGGACAAUCAGCAUAUUCUUGCAGUUUUUCGACAUAGGCAUUGAUGCAGCAUUGUUGUCACAGUAUAUAUCCCUCUUAUUCAUCGGAAUGCUGGUUGUGAUAUCUGUUCGUGGAUUCUUGAAUAAUCUAAUGAAGUUCUUCUUUGCAGUUUCUCGAGUUGGUAGUGGAUCUUCAAGCAAUGUUGUGCUUUUCCUAUCUGAAAUCAUGGGGAUGUAUUUUGUAUCUUCUAUUCUUCUGAUUAGAAAAAGCCUAGCAAAUGAAUACAGAGUAAUCAUUACAGAUGUUUUGGGUGGAGACAUUCAGUUUGAUUUCUACCAUCGAUGGUUUGAUGCAAUUUUUGUGGCAAGUGCUUUCUUGUCUCUGCUUUUGCUCUCUGCACAUUACACAUCGCGUCAAGCUGAGAAACACCCGAUCGAUUGAUUGAAUUUGUAAACUGAAAAAAAAAGCGUGCAUUAAAUGUGUUGUAGUUGAUAACACGAUUGUCAUCUAUUAUGUUUUUGCACCAACCUCAAAAGAAAUAUAUACAAACAAAACAAUAGAUACAUUUGUUAUGGUUUAGUCUCGAUCAGUUUUGUACCAUGAUUAAUGGAGGAUGACUUGAGAGUUUGUUUACCUUAGGUUAUAAUGUUAUUGAAUUGUGUUAGUUGUUUCAUCC